AUGAUAUGGAGGGAUUGGAACACCUGAAUCACAUGAUAUGGAGGGGAUUGGAACACCUGAAUCACAUGAUAUGGAGGGGAUUGGAACACCUGAAUCACAUGAUAUGGAGGGGAUUGGAACACCUGAAUCACAUGGUAUGGAGGGGAUUGGAACACCUGAAUCACAUGAUAUGGAGGGGAUUGGAACACCUGAAUCACAUGAUAUGGAGGGGAUUGGAACACCUGAAUCACAUGAUUUGGAGAGGGAUUGGAACACCUGAAUCACAUGAUAUGGAGGGGAUUGGAACACCUGAAUCACAUGAUAUGGAGGGGAUUGGAACACCUGAAUCACAUGAUAUGGAGGGGAUUGGAACACCUGAAUCACAUGAUAUGGAGGGGAUUGGAACACCUGAAUCACAUGAUAUGGGAGGGGAUUGGAACACCUGAAUCACAUGAUAUGGAGGG